AACCUGGAGGACAAGGACCGGAAGCAGACGGCGCACAAGAACCACCUGGCGCGGGAGCAGCGGUUCUUGCGGCGGCGCCUGGAGUCCCUGGGCACGCACCUGACGCCCGCGGGCCUCGACAUGGCGGAGGUGAUGGGCAAGAGACGCUCCGUGUCCGAGAGCUCGUCCUUAUCUUCCGCCUCCACUUCUUCCUCGUCCUCGGGAUCCUCUACCUCAGAAACGGGUGAGCUGCUCCAGGAUCUGUCUUCCGUGCUGGGGGCCGCCUCGUCACACAACGCUGAAACCGAUGAAGUGGACAUCCUAGGUUACGGCAGCAACCAGAGUGACACGGACGACCACUCCUCCAUCCAGUCCUCGGCCAGUGACGGUGGAGUUACCAUCUCCACUCGGCGCCUCACCAUCACUGAGCCUCCCUCACAUUCUCUCUAGGUGAUGGUGGGGACAUAGGAGAGGAUAACUGUGGUGGUGCCAGGCAGUGUUGGAUCUGAGCUAUUUUGGUCUGAGAAACUCCAGAGUAAGGAAUAAGCAGGAAGCAAAUAAACACCAGGACUGAUGACCUCACCAUACGAUGCUCAAAACACCAUAGCAAGGCAGAGGCUUCAGAACGCUGUAGUAUUGACAUGAAGAAGUCUUCGUGUGGAGUGCUAGAGACAUGCUUCCUUUUGUCCUUUCUCUGUAGUCUCUAAAGGUCCUUGUGGAUGACUUUUCGGAGAGCUUAUGGAGCAGGACACCAACAGCCACCACAACCUUUUUAGAUUUUUAUUUUUUGUCAUUUAUGCCAAAAAGAAGAUGAUACAAAGCACAUUGUUAUCAUAGAAGAUGUGAACUUAUAUUGAAGAUUUUUAAAUUAUACUGUAUGUGAACGACAGAAGAAAUGUUCGAGAAGUGAUGAGUGAUUGAUGUGCAGAUAUUACAAUAUUUUUUUCUUUUUUAUGAGGCAAAUGUGUAAUUACUCUUGUCACAUGUAAGAUCAUUUCUUGUUUUCCAAAAACCCAGCCCUUUCUUCCAUCCAGCCUAAUGCAAAAAGUGAUUCACUUCUUCACUUGUGCGAGAGGUAAAUCUUUUGUAUUAGAGCAUCAUAAUGGAAACAAUCCGUUCUAGUCACACAAAAGAUUCCCCAAGAUGGAUAUUGCUGCAUUAUCACAGAUGGAAAUUUUAAUGCUUGAUGAAUAGAGUUAUUCUUUUUAGUUGCUUCUAUCCAACUAUGGAACAAACAGCAAGAGUAAUAUAGUUUAUAUUUUUUGAUAAGGCGAGUAAAUAAAAUAAUAUCAAGGUUGGUAGUUGAAACAAAGCCAUUGACAUGUAAUAACAAAACUGUUGAUGAAAAUGAAGGUAAAAAACAAAAUAAAAAAAAUAAAAAAUAAAAUAUAAAAUAAUGGCAGUGCCUGCCCUCCUACAGCCAGAUGGCAAUCCAUCCUUUGAUAAGUGUGAGCCAGACAAAUUUUGCCAUAGACACAAAUUUCAUCCCAAAACAGUGUAAUAGCAUGAUGGUUCUUCUGUACUUUUUAAGUGUCUUUACCUCUCUGCAGUGCCAAACAACCAAUUCUCCAGCAACUAAAACAAACUUUAAGAAAUGCUCCACAACUGUUUAAGGAUGGUGAGUCACUGAGCUAUAUUAGUUACCCAAAUCCACAGUGGAAUGUGUCAACGGAUCUCCACCUAAAAAUAACUGAAAAACUGAAAGACUAUGCCCAGGAGUCCUGAUCCCACACACUCUUGUCUACUUUCGAUUGACUUUUAAUUGAUUUUUACUGUCACGACUGAUUCUGUUUCUAAGCCAAGUAGUUUAUUGAUUGUUAAGGAUCUUCUUGAUCUUCCCUGGUCUCUUCUGUGGCCUCUCUCACCUAAGCAUAAGAUACUGGACCAGCCACUACAUGGUUCAGAGGCCAGCCAGGUCUGAGCAGGCUGUUCGCUUGUGAUAAACUAUAAACUGUAAUGUGUCUGCCAUUGUAGCAUUGGAACCUAUCACUUCAGAGGCUUUUUAUCUAAAGAAGUUGAAAGGAGAAUUGGUGCUAUGGUAUAGACUUUUUUUUUCUUAUCAGAAUGUGGAUUUGUUGUACUGCCAGAACAUCAUGUUUUUUAUGAAAGACUAGGAAGUGAAACAUGUGGAAAGUGAGAGUGAAUACUUGUUAUUUAGAAAAUUCAAGACUGUGAUAGACCUUUGAGAGAAAAAUAAGUGUACAUCAUCCUCUUUCUUACUGAAAUGAAGAUCAAUGCAAUAAUUACUGCCAGUUUUUAAAUGCUUCCGAACAUAAUGGAAAAAAGUAGAAAAAAGACACAUUCAUGGAAGCAAAAGAAGAGCUUCACCUCUUUGUUCACUCUUUUCAAUAUCCAGUUUAACUUGUGUUAUGUUCUUUUUUAUUGCUUUACUUUUUAAAAUCUGCUCUUGAUUCUGGCCUGAACAAGAAGACCAAAACAUAUUUCUAAGACACUCCCAAUAAAGUGUAAUGGCUGUGGUACCAGAGAGGUUCCUCAUGAUGGUCACCUGGGCUAUGUCUCCUCUGUACAGUGUAAAUACUGACUAGUACAACGUGUAGAGUCUGGACACAGGGUACCAGCCUUUUCCACUGGACUCCUGGUAGCUUUAAUUUCUGCUGAUUCCAUAGGAGUUUUUUCUUCACUGUCUCUUGCAGAUUUAUUUAUUUUGAAUAUCAUAACAGCAGUGGGAUUGGCAAGAAAUGCUCCACAUGAUUCCAUAUAAUCGAAAAAUUAGUUCUCUUCCACCUGUCCACAAAAAUGAAAUUAAUUGCAAUAUUUUAGCUUUUAGUAAUUUUUUAGCUAUAGCAUUAAUGUAGUUGACUCUCCUUGUCUUUGUUUAAGCACCAACUCAAUGUGGAAACAGUGAGACCUUGUUCUUACAGACUUUCAUCCCAAUUGCCGACACAUGCACACACCUCAGUGCACUCGUCCAUUUCCACGAGCCAUUAUGUGCAUGUCUGAUAAUACAGCAUGUGUUCAUAAAUCAGUGUGUACAUGAGGUGCUGCUUGUAAAUGUUGUGGCUGCAAGCCGUCCCAAGGAGUGUUGGGUGGUGCCGGUAUCAAAUCUCUGAAGGUGGCCCUCAAAUGAUGAUCUGUGUGUUCUUACGUUCUAUACUUCACUGUUUUCGUUCAGGGUAGAGUCUGCACUGAUUUUAAGCCCAUUUUUUAUUAUCUAGUAAUUUUUAUUGGUGGUAUGCUCUGCAAGUGUUUUAACUAGCCAUCAACAGCUGUUCCUAAUGUGUUAAGGUAAAUGCAUAAGCUUUGUAAUGUUGCUAUUGGGCUUCUGUAUUUUUUUGUUUGAACUGAAGGAAAAGUACAGUGAAAGUGAACAUUGCAAAAUUUUCCUUGAAUAUUUUUGCACCACCCAUAACAACCAACAAUAAAGCGUUCUGGCUUGUCUUUCCACAGAACAUCCCAUGAUAAGCUUAGAUGUGCAAUAACUGUUAUUGAUAAGCUGAACAUUGUUCAACAAACUUGCAAUGGAGUACCACUGGCAAAGCAACAGUAUCCUGUGCACUCUCAGGAAUUUUCUUCAAUGGAUUGCAAUCUGCGCCACAUUUCUAGAAACUUUAUCUGUGAAGUAUAGCUUGGGUAACUUUAUUAUAAAAGAACCAUACUUUGGGUAUCACCACGUUGUGAAAACUGAACCUUGGAGAUCACUGUUCUUUGGGAACUGUACUGAGGAUGUUGACAUACUAUAAGAACCAUGCGUCUGGGUAUUACUAACUUGUGUAAACCAUGCUUUGGUACCACAAUGUAUGAUUUGAUCAAUACUUGGUAGCGAGAACUGUGGUUUGGGAUCACAAUGUCGUGAUAAUCAUAGCUUUGGAAUCACUAUGCUGUGAGAACUAUAGUUUUGAUAUCACUUUCCUGUGAGAGUCAUAGUAUAGGUAUGAACAAGCUACAUGAUCUCUGGCUCAGGUAAUUAUAAGCAAUAUGGACUGCUCUUGAGGUUUUGUAAAGGGAGUGAGGAACAUCUAUAGUUCCUCUCUGGUAAAUUACAACGUGACUGUUCAGCUGUUUAGACAAAGGUAUACUAAGCUGUAUGAUUAAAGUACACUGAAGCCCUGCUAAUUUGAAUCUCAAUAAUUUUUUAUUGUUGAUUUGAACAGUAGGACAUCAAUUAUGUUAGAUAAUCUUAAAACUGUUGAUUAACUGUAUAUGUUUGAAAAUCUGAAAAAAAGAAAUAAAAAAGAAAAAAUGUAUCUUGCCAGUAUCAAGAACUGAGCAAAACUGACAAUAUUGGUACCUACCGAAAGCUUACUUAAUGUACAAGAUUUAUACCUCCUGCUAUGUAGAUUGGCUUCCAUUAACAAUAACCUUGCUUUCAGUAGUUGGGGAGAAUAUGGUGGAUAACAUAAUAAUCCAAGGGUAAGAAAUAGAAGACUAUUAACUGAGAGGAUAUGAAAUAUUAAUUUUUAAUGAACUCCCUAGUUCUACAGGUCAUUUGAUUGCCAUGGGCUCUGGGUCCAAAGCCUUUUGGUACUGAUGAACAUCCAAAAUGUAUAUGAACAAGAAAAAGCUAAAAGAUCUCACUGUAGUGAAUAUUUCAGGCUCUUUCUUGCUGUAAAUGCUAGUCUGGUUGACCCAUUGCCAAAGUGCCAAAGUCCUAGAAGCCAUAGUAAUUGUUGGUUCUGUGUUGAUAGUGAGAGCAAAUGUAUAGUUUUUGUGUCCUCUUAGCAGAAAUUUAGUGUGAUCUCAUAAUAUGCAUUUUCUAUUUUUGGUCAUAAUUUUUGUACCUACUUCACACUUAUUCUUAUCCAUCAUGCCUUCCUCAGUUAUUGAAACUUGCAGAGGAUUAUUGAUAUUGGAUAGUGAGAAGUACAGGAAGGUAGUAUAAGUCUCUUGGUGCAUAUUAGAUACUAAUAUUGUUGGUACAGCUUAUGUGGUCAUAUUGAUAAGAUAUAUAUAAAAAAAUAAAAAUAAUAAUAAUGAUAAUGAUAGAUGAUAGUAAAUAUAAGUCUUCACGUAUACCUGGACAGGAAUCAGAAAAACAGUUUGGACCAAAAUUUUUGUUUGAAACAAACCAAUGAGCAUUUUUAUAAAAUUAGUUGGCUCUAAAAUUGUGCACAUAUUAUUCAGAGAUAACAAUGGUUGAUGAAUCACACAACACGCAUAACUAAGUCAGGAUCAUCCCAAAUAUUUUAAAGUAUGAGGCUUCAUUGUGUGGAUUACAGCUGUAUUUAUUAUAUGGCAUGAUUAAUACCUAGCUUUAUUUAUGAUAGCCUAGGUAAUACUUAGCUGUGUUUAAAACAGUUCAAGUAAUACCAUGCUGUAUAUUUUGUAGCUUGAGUAUUUCUGAGCUGUAGAUAUUGUAGCUUUAAUGUUAUGCAACUAUGUUAAAUAUAGCUAAGGAUUUAUUGUGCAGUUCAAUAGUAGCUUAGGAAUUACCAUGCUAUGUUGCAUAUAGCUUUGUAUGACCUAAUCUCAGACCUCACAGGUUUGGUAUCGAGAAGAGAACUGUAUUUCUCAUUAUGCAUUGUUGUUGUUUUCAUUUUUACAAAGUGAGGCUUCUAUAAAGUAAAUAAUAAUGACAAAACUUCUCCUUAUCAUGCAUUGCCAUGAUCUGGUUUUAAAUCAAGAAACUAUUUCCAUAGUGAUGAAUAUAUCAUGUUAUAUGUGGGUAAACCGUUAGUAUAAGUCAUCAUCACAACCCCGUUACCCACAUAGCCUUGAAUGUUAUUGUAGUCAGUCACUACCAACCAAACUUAAAAUCUAGUGUUGCCAGUCUACCUGUGACAAAACAUUUUUUUUUGAAACUGGUGUGGAUAUUGGAGUUUUUAGAUUUAAAUUUAAAAGUUUACUCAACUUUUGUAACUUGUAGGUCAAACUGAAUGUGGGUCUGACUAAUGUAUAAAACCUGGCAUCACUUAUAUAGGUACUCUGCUGCCCAGAAAAGUUGCAGCAAAGCAGCUUAGCACCUCACCCAUCUUGACACAUUCCUGUUUACAGAUGUUUUAAUAAUUCUACUCUUUUAUGUAAGACAACUGAAGCUAAGGGCCACUCUCUCUUUUAAUGCAUGACUAGAUACAAGUGGGGUAACUGUGUAAAUGUGUUUUGAGUAUAAAUGUUUAUUUUCAUGUGAAACAUUUUGUGAAAUGUAUUAUAGUACUAUUAAGUUUGAGUAUUGCAUUUUCAAAGGAAAUCUAAACUUGCUAGAAAUGAGUUUGUCAGAUGAUGUGUGGACCUGGCAUGAGGCUAAACAAAUUGACAAUGUGCAGGAUAUGAGUGGGGUGGGGCAGCAGAGUUCUCUGCGACAUUGAGGUUCUUCCCUCUGUUAAUAUAGUUUGAUCUCGUGAGAUGCCUGCACAAAAUGUACACCUAAACAGCGUGCACUUGUAUGUGAUGUGCUCACUGGGGUAACAGGAGUCGCAUUCACAGCAGUGUAAACCCAGACUCAAGCCAGCAAAGAUUCAUAUGUAUUGGGGUAGCUGUGGUGUGCAUUGUGUUGCUGGUGCCCACCCGAGCACACUGACAAGUGCAGCCGUGGCCAAAGUGCCCAAGAGGCCCACCACCUGUCAUCACCACUCCUUAAUAUUGCCCACAAUAAUGUGUUUGUGUCAACUUUCAGUGUCAACUUUGAGUUUAUAAACAGCACAAGCAAUGUUUGAUGUGCUCAGAAAGCUAGGAGCUUUUUUUUAAUAAUUUUUUUCCACAUCUCUCCCAGUUUGGGCAACUUAAACAUGUAAACACAAGGAUGAUGGUGGCGGAGGUAGGUGGGUGGUGAUGUGUGUACACCUUCAUCCUCAAGAGAAGAUAUGGGGUGGGUGCUCACAAAAAAAAAAUGUACAAAAAGAAAAAAAUUUGUUCAUAUUGUGUCAAUGUGUCUUGCCCUUUCCCUUUAAUUCUUCACAAGCCAUGUAGGAGAUGGGGAGAAAAUUUACAGAGUGUCACCCAAGCGAGUUUUAAGAAAAGGCUCAGGAUUGGUAUAUACCUUAGUGGAGGACGCUUGAACCCCACUGCCUCACCCCAUUUCCUAACAUGGCUGUAGGUAGAAGUGCCCAGUCCUAGUUCCUUUAACUGUAUUGAUUUUUUCUUAUGUGUUGGAACGUCUGGAAGUUCUUUCAGUCAUCCGUGAAAACACCUUCUGCAAAAACUCAUCUGUGUCUUAACAUUUUCAUUCACCCUUUUGUCUCAGAUUUGUCUAGGACCUUUACAUCAAACUCAAAAAAUGCCGCAAAAAACAAUCUGUUAACAACUAAUCCCUUUUGUGCUUGUGACUUUCACUACUUAAAACUGCAAGAUGGAGGCUGGUGUGGGUCCACAAUUCAAUACUGUGCAUCUCAGUGGGGUGUGCCAAGCUGGAUGUCCUUAACCUGCCAUAUCCACCUGUACAGGGACCCGUAGCUGACUGAGGAUUUUUCAUUCAUUUCUGAUUCCCUCUUAUAGUUUGUGUUUAUUUUUAUUUGUCUAAUCUAUUUAUAUGUUAUAACUAGAAUUAUUUUUAUUAUUUAUUAACAAAAAAAAAGAAAUUUAUUAUACAGUAACAUGGCAUCGUUUCGUGUGGAAUGGCUAUAGUGUAAAGCAUGCCAUGAAGAUUAAUAGUAAGCUGUUUAGUAAUUACUUUGUAAAUAAAUUUAAGUGUUGAGUUAAGUUAAGAGAGCUUGAUGAUGAUCACUGUGGAACACAUUGAGAUUGGCUGUGAGGGAUCAGCUGAAAGGCAAAGAGAUCAUUAAAUGAUAGCAUAAAGAGAAAUGGCUUUCAUUUAUGGAGAUUGCCUUUUAUAUGGUUUAUUAUUGGUUGUAAUCAGUAUGAUUUUCUAACAAAUUAUAAAGCUGCCAUCAUCAUAAGUGAAUAAGUGCAUCAGGCAAGGUUGUAAGGCCUCCUUGUGGCCUCAGGCUACCAUGUAGCCUGUUUGUUAUCCAAGAUACGAUGGAAAGAAAUAAUAACCGUCCUUGGCACCUGAACGCCGUCGAACACCAGAAAUUCUUAUUGAGAUCAAAGCUAUUUCUGAAAUCAUUAUUAUUUGAAAUUCUUUAUUCUCCAGCAGGAUAUCCACAGAUAAAAGGUAGCUUAUGGUUCAAUAGCAGUUGACUGGAUAGCCUUUCAGCAAAAGUAAUAGUGAUCCCUCUUUGCUAUCUAUUACAAUACUUGUGUGAUAAUCUUGUUCUCAUUAAUUUUUAAUUAAUCAAAACUUGACAGUCAUGGGUUCUUAGACAUAAAGGUGGAAUCUGAAACAGCCACUGGCCCCCUUCUCUCUUCUGCCAUUAGAUCAGCCCCUCCUAAAGUCAAACCCGCUAUGUGUCGCAAAUACCAUAAAUGUAAAUAUUUCUGGUAACUGUUGUUUCUGUUCUACAUGAUUUUCUUGAAUCUAAAUAAAAAUAAUUUGUGUA